UUUGCUUUGUAAAGACACCUGAAAUGACAUUUCGAGGUUAAACUAAAACUGUAAAACUACGGAAAAUCAAGUCGUAAAAUGAAGAACAUAAAAAUUUACUGCAUCACAGAUUUACAGUGUUCUCCCGUAUGUCUGAAUAGACGUGAAGGUAGUUCUAAUUUGUAUGGCAGGGUACCAUUGCCACUUCCAGAACAAGUAGUAGUGUUUGCCCUUGGAGAAUGGGCCAACAAGGAAAAGAAAUUAAAACUGAACGUGAUUGUGGAGAUCGGAAAUGGUACAGUCGUCCCACUUGGAAUUUUGACAAAUAAAAGCAGAUGUCUAGUGUGGGAGAAGUCUCGAAGUAAAGUAAACUUGGACACGAAUGGUGCGUCGCUCGGUAAGCUGGUGGUGGAGGUUCACGGGGACACAGACCAGUCUUUAAUUACAGAUGAAAACAGUGAAAAUAUCAACAUGCCUGAACUUACCAAGGAAGAAGAUUUAGAGGAAACCAGUUCAACUAUGCAAGAUGAAAAUGAAAAUACCCCACAGUUUUUUGAGACAAUGUCGCCAUUGCCGAAAAAGGUGAAGAAAUCGAAAAAAAGGCAGCCACCUGGUGAACUGGACUCGGAGGGUUCAAAGUCGAAAAAACAGACAACCAGGCUGAGAUCCAUAAAGGAGUUUUGCACUCCAAAGAAUUCUAAAGGCUCCAGUGACAUCUGUGCCAACGUGUUAACACAGAAGAACAUUUUGGAGACCAAGAUGCCCGGUCCAAAGAUGUCGUACUGCAAAGAUGUUUCUGGAAGAGCGCCAAACCCGACAUCUCGAUGGGGCUCCUCGUUGUGUAUGUUCCACAACAACAAGGCCGUGCUGAUCGGAGGUCAGGGAGACAAACAACAGCUCAACAAGGACGCUGUCUGGGUGCUUGAUCCAUGUACGCGUCGCUGGAAGUAUCCUACGGUGACUAACGACGGUCUAAAGGUGGAGUACAGGAUGGGGCACACAGCUGUCUACGACCCAAUGAUCCGUGGUGUUUACGUUUACGGGGGUUCGAAAAAUUGCAAGUGGUUUAAUGAUGUCCACUUUCUCGAUGUUGAUGAAUGGAAAUGGCAGCUUGUAAAGGUAAAUGGAAAGGCACCAACAAGAGCGUAUCACAGUUCUACACUGUACCGCCAUGAACUGUGGGUGUUUGGUGGAGUGUAUCCCCGGCCCGAUCCUCACCCUGACGGUUGCAGCAAUGAUAUCCACAUAUUCAGCCCGGUCCUGGAGAACUGGUAUAGCCCGAUAGUUACCGGAGAGAAACCACUAGCUAGAUCAGGACAUUCUGCCACACUGAUAAAUGAUCGCCUGGUUGUGUUUGGUGGCUGGGAUGCACCCAUUCCGUACAAUGAUCUCUACAUCCUUGAUAUGAGUACUGUGGAUUGGUCUAAACCAGAUGUAUUAGGGACGCCACCCAUUCCAAGAAGCUGGCACGCGUCUUGCUCUUUGAGCAACAACAGAAUACUCAUACAUGGUGGCUACGACGGAAACAAUGCACUUGCUGAUGCUCACAUAUUUAAUCUGGACACGCUGUCGUGGAUGGAGAUUGCGAUGGAUUUGACCCCACUGGCCAGGACUGGACAUCAGUGUCUGUGUUUGCCGUACUACCAUGAGAACCAGGAGGAAGAUGAGGUGCUCAUGUUUGGAGGCGGUGACAACGAUGGCAAUUUCUUCAACGACUUGUACAGCAUCUGCAUUUCAUUCAACCCAGUUACUCACACAAGCAAACUCGAAGCAAAACUGAUGGAAAUCGAAUAAAGGACAUGCCGCAAAGUGCUAUAAUAUAUUUUUCAGUUUGCUUGUAUUUAGAAGUACUGUGAGCUGAUAUCCAUACCAUCAACCCCUGCAUUUGCCCACGGCAGUCGGCAAAGCUGUGGAGUUUUUAAUUCUACAGAGCACAUUUUUUUUACUGUAGACUAUAUUCAAAUUUUUUGUUUCACAACUUAUUUUUUUGUCAUGAACAUUUGAUUGAUUGCAGGGGUUGACCAUUGAUGUAGGUAUCAACACAGAAUUACAUUUUAACAAUGGAGAACAAUUAUGGCUUAAGAAUUGUUAUUAGACGGUCAUUAAGAUUUUUAGGAUUUCUUAAUAAUUGAUGCAGAUAAUUUUGUUGUUGCUAUCACUAUUAAUAUCAACUUGUACCUCUUUUAACCAAUUUAUAUAGUUUAAUUAUAGAUAAAUUGUGCUCUAUGCAAUUUAAACCAUUUUAUAUUAUAAUUUAUUUUAUUUUGGAGGUUGGUAGUAGAUAUGUAUUUUUAGAUAUUUUUUAGAUACACUCAGGUUGCAAAUGUCAUUUUAACCAGCUACACUUGUUAAUAAAAGGAACUGUGUUUGAAAUUAUUACGUUAAUAUGCAUGUAAUUUCUCUGUAGUUAAAGGAACAUACCCUAGUUUUUUAGCACUAAGGUAUAUUUUUUACUAUUAGAGACAUUUUUGAUAACUGAAAUCAUACUUAGAUUUUAUUGUUUAAAUUAUCCAUUUCCGUACAUUCGAAGUG